AUGAAUCCCCACCAGAAGAACAAAGUCGACAUCGCCUCCCUCACCCCCGACGAGCAACGCCUCUUCCGCCUCUACGGCAAGCUCCCCUCCAAAGCCGACCACCUCGCCAAGCAACUCAAAGAGCGCAAAUACUUCGACAGCGGCGACUACGCGCUCUCCAAAGCCGGCAAGGCCUCCAGCGUCGACACCGGCAGCGUCGGCUCCGAGCACCCCCUCCCGGAGAACAUCCCGCACCUCACGUCCCCCGGCGUCAGUGGUGUGAAUGGCGGGUCGGGAAAUGGGAAUGUGCAGAUGGGUGUUGCGGGGGGGUUGGCGAGCGGGAGCCCGGUGAAGGAGAGUAGUUUCUUGAAUAGGGAGACUAGUGUUGAUGAUGCGGAGGGGAAGGAGAAUUUGCCGAGGGGGCAGACGAAGAGUGUUUCGCCGCCGAUGGAGGGGGAGGGGAUCCCGAUUAGGGGAUGA